AGAAAUAUACUCAAAACCGGCGAGGGAGAGCUAAAUAGACCUCUUGAGCGGGGCCCAACUUGGUUAGCUCUCGAUAAUAUUUGUACUUCGAGAGAACUACAAUGUUUAGAGUCGUUUAGCACAGAUAUCCCCACGUUUUGGGGUGAAGCAGCAAUGCAAAAAAUUCCGUCAUACAAAAACGUAAACAAAAACGGGUUUGUAAUAGUUUUAUUACGGUUUGUGUGAUGUGUGUAUGUCGUCUACAACUCGUUCUCUGGACAUCGAAGCCAGUGGUUCGGUGCCAACCCAGCCGAAGGCGACCAGUACUACAUAGUGGACUAAAUUUCAUUCACAGUGAGCUAGUGACGGUAUAGUGAGGCAGAAAUGCGUUACUCGUUGGUGAUAUCUUCAGCUGCUUAAUUGCUUCCGAUAAGGUGCACCCGUCCAGAAAGUGAUUAGUAACUCUUCCAACAAUUGGCUUGAUUAGUGAUUCAACUUGUCCCAACGAUGGAUCUUAACUUCAAAUGUCCGCUGUGUGAAAGCUACUUCGAGUCGCAAGAUGACCUCACAGAACACGUGAAGGCCGUUCAUACUUCCUACUACUACGAUACGUACUUGAUUCCGCCGAUUCUGCUCCUUCCCAGUGAAUCUCCGAUGAUUGUGACUGAAUCGCCGGGAUCGGUGAUUACAACCGAACCAGUGCCAUCUCCUGAUGUCCUGAUAGAACCAGUGGUUCCCGCUGACGACGGGUGUUGCGAGUGUGACUGCUGCGAUUGUUCUGGCGGUGGUGGUGGUGGUGAUGCUGGAGGAGACUCGUGCGGAGACUGUGGAGACUGCGAUUGUGAUUGUGAUUGUGUGAUUAUGUGAACGAUGAGAUAUAUCUCGACCAACCAGUGCCAACAUGGGAUUAAUAUGCUCCCAAUUUUUCUUAAGCUAUGCAUUUUAUUCAGAGCCGUGUUUAGCUGUUCUUUUGAAUGCGAUUGGUUUUACAAAAUAGUUUCAUGACAAGUAUUUAAGCUCACAUCGGAUGUGUUCGUGUACAAUAAAGUUUAUGUUUUAAUAUUUAUUUACUUGAAAUAUACUAACAUUAUUGUAAAUUAAGAGAAUGCUGUGUUUUGGGAGUGAUGUUCUAAUAUUUUAGGGCCUUGCGAGGAUACACAAUCACGAA